AUGACUUCUUUGAAGAUACUUAAUUUAAAAUACUGCAAUAGUUUAAGAUUAUUACCAACAUCAAUAAGAAGUCUUCAUGCUUUAAAAAACCUUAAUAUUGAAGGGUGCUUAAAUGAAUUGGACAACCUCACAUCUAUGACUACCUUUGAUACAAGAGGAUGCUCAAACUUGACAUUAUUGCCAAAUGAAUUAGACAACCUCACAUCUUUGACUACCUUGAAUAUAAGUGAAUGCUCA